CUCCGCGGGCCGAGCGGGGCGCUAGGCCGGCGGGAUGGACGGGAUGGACACGGCGCCCAGGAGGGGUUUGCGGUCGCACGUGGGCAGCCAGCCCGGCGGCCGAGAGACGAGCCCGCCCGAGAGGAAGGUUUACAUGGACUACAACGCAACAACCCCUCUGGAGCCAGCAGUCAUGGAGGCUGUGACCGAGGCUAUGCGGGAGGCCUGGGGGAAUCCCAGCAGCUCUUAUGUGGCAGGUAAAAAGGCCAAGGACAUUAUAAAUACAGCUCGGGAAGCCGUGGCGAAGAUGGUAGGUGGGAGGCCUCAGGACAUCAUCUUCACUUCCGGGGGCACUGAGUCAAAUAAUUUAGUAAUCCAUUCUGUGUUGAAGAAUUUCCACAAAAAUCAAACCACAAGGGGGAACCCGGCCGCACAGCACAUCCCAGAGGAAGAGGCCAAAGCCCAUUUCGUUACGUGCACGGUGGAGCACGACUCGAUCCGUCUGCCCCUGGAGCACCUGGUGGAAGAACAAGUGGCAGAUGUCACCUUUGUUCCGGUGUCGAAGGCGAGCGGGCGGGCAGAGGUUGAUGACAUCCUUGCUGCUGUCCGCCCCACCACGUGCCUUGUGACCAUCAUGCUGGCCAAUAAUGAGACCGGCGUCAUCAUGCCUGUCUCCGAGCUCAGUGAGCGCGUUAGAGCCUUGAACCAGAAGCGAGCAGCUUCGGGGCUACCUCGGGUCCUCAUGCAUACUGAUGCCGCACAGGCACUGGGAAAAAGGCGUGUGGAUGUGGAGGACCUGGGCAUGGACUUUCUGACAAUUGUGGGGCACAAGUUCUACGGUCCCAGGAUUGGUGCACUGUAUGUGCGAGGGCUCGGUAAAUUGACUCACCUGCGCCCUAUGCUGUUCGGAGGUGGACAGGAGCGGAGCUUCAGGCCGGGAACAGAGAACACUCCCAUGAUUGCUGGCCUUGGGAAGGCUGCUGAGCUGGUGACCGAAAACUGUGAGGUUUAUGAGGCCCACAUGAGAGACGUCCGGGAUUACCUGGAGGAGAGGCUGGAGGCUGAAUUUGGUGAUAGGAUCCAUUUGAAUAGCCGGUUUCCAGGUGUUGAGCGUCUUCCCAACACCUGCAACUUUUCCAUCCGGGGGUCCAAACUUCAAGGCUACGUGGUGCUCGCACAGUGCAGGACGCUGCUGGCCAGCGUGGGGGCUUCGUGCCACUCGGACCAGAAUGACCGGCCGUCCCCAGUGCUGCUGAGCUGUGGCAUCCCUGUGGACGUGGCCCGGAAUGCACUUCGACUCAGCGUGGGCCGCAGCACGACCAAGGCUGAGGUAGACCUCGUCAUCGAAGACCUGAAGCAGUCUGUGGCCCAGCUUGAGGGCCAGGCCUAGGCUGGGGCUGUCCUGGCCCGCUAUGGCUGGAUGUGGCCUUGGCCACUCACUGUAGGAAGCCGCUAACCAAGGCACCUGGUGUCUAAGCUGCCCCUUUGCAAGAGCCGCUCCAGGAUGACUGCCUUACCCGGGCAUGCCGGGUGGCAGGAGUCCGUGUGCCUCCCCUCUGGACUCGCGUCUUCCCUGUGUACGAACACUGCCCAGCCCGUCCUUGUGGGACUCCAGCGCCUACAUCAGACUUCCUGUCACCCUCUGCCAAAGGCUACACAUAGGAAAGUGGAAAUGCUCCCCUCGAGGAAUGGGGAAGCCUAUCAGGAUCACCCAAUCUCAGAAGAACUUUCUACAGGACGAUAAAAUCCAAAGUUUAUAGCCCUCCUCAUUAAGCUGCUGUCAUUGUCAUGAAAUAGGAGAUGUGAUGAUUUUACUUGCCCGCAGCCUUCCUGCACACCUGCGGGCUGUUCCCCUGGGCUCCCCGUGGGCCUUUUCCAAACACUGCCUCCGCCAGACCGCCCUGUGCAGCGAGGUGCUGCCACGUAGUGACCUCGCGCCCCCCCCCCCCCGCGUCCCUGGCCCGACAGUCCUCAGUCCUCCCAGCGAGGCCUUGGGUCCAGCAGGGUGUCACCCCUGUGCCGUCCUUGCUUCUCUCUGCUCACUGACUCGGGGCGCUGACUCCCACACCACAGCUCAGCCUGUGCUCUGGCUCUCCUCAUUCCCAAGACGGGGGAGAGGGUCAUCCCUCCCUCAGCUUUAAUUUUACUUACAAGAUGUUUCUUUAUAUCUUACAGAUGUCUGGCACACACAUCACAUGCCAGUAUUUACAUAGGAAUGGUUUUCAGGGAGUCAUUUUGACGUGUGAUUUUAAAGUACAAAGGACUACCUGGCAGUGUUGAGUAAACAGUUGUCAGAAAGUAAAUGAAUUAAUAAAACACCGUGCUUGCCUGGC